GCCGCGAACAGUGCCGUCGUUGCGUGGACUCGUUCCCUCGUAGCGCGAUGGCCUCCUAAUAUGGAGCCCAUGGCGGUGAGCCCCCCAGCGGCCGGUGGGCCAUGGACACCGCGGACGGGCUGGGGCGGCCAAUGGGGGACGCCCGUAAUGGCUUCUGGUGGGGAGGCUCGGGCAGCCGAACGCUGGCCCCAGACCGUCACCCCGCCGCCCGCCCAGGCGCGGCUCUGGGGCACGCCGCCGCCGCCGCCCGGGCACGUGGCCGCGACGCCGCCGGCGCCGAGCAUUAUUGCCCUCCACGCGCAGCACUACCCGCGCCGCUGGGUCGAGGCGCCGCGCGAUGAAAGGGCGCGGGCCCGCUUCGCGGUGGCGACGCUCAACCUCGAGGCGGACGCGGCCAAGAGCGCCGGCCACUCGAACGGCCGGCGCGACGGGUCCAGGCCCGCCGGCGAGGACUGGGAGGCGGCCUUCGCGGCGCUGGACCAGGCCCUCGUGCACCUGCCGGACGUGUUAUGUCUGCAAGAAAUGCAGCGCUGCACGCGGCACGACUGCCCGCAUUGCGCCUCUGGACGUUGCAGCCUCGACCACGCCUCCAAGCUCCACGCGAAGCUGCUGGGAGAGGGCUUCGACGGCGACUACAAGAGGGAUGGGAGGCCCCUGACGGUCGGCCUCUACGUGCGGGUGCGGACCUUCGCGCUCGAGAGCAAGGUCCGCACGGUGCGCUUUGCCUCGGGUAAGGGAGCCGUCCUGGCGGUCGCGCGGCACCUCGGCACGGGUCAGCGCGUCGCCUUAGGCUCGGCGCACCUCGAGGUGCCGCUGCGCAACGGGCAGCCCAUGACCAAGGCUCAAGUCGCCUCGGCGGCGCAGCUCCAGGCCGCGCUGGCGAGCUACUGGGGCCGCGCGGCCGUGCCCCUGCCGGUUAUAGUAGCAGGCGACUUCAACACCCUCUCCUACAAGCACUGGGAUCCCCGGAUCGCGCCACCUGACGCCUUCGAGCAGUUGACGUCCCCAAAACCGUCCGCGAAGAAGCGGGCGGGCGCGGACCGCGGCGCGUGCAGAUUACCGCUACGGUCGGCCUACGCGGACGUGCAGGGCGCCGAGCCGUGCUACACGUCCGUGGACCCGGCGUUCCCCCACUGCAUCGACUACGUUUUUUACCACGGGCAAGGUCUCCGGCCGUCCCGUGUAUUAGGCGUCGUCGACCGUAAGCAACAGCUGCCCGUGGCGCCGUGGCCGUCGGACCACCUUUGUCUCGUUGCGGCCUUCGACCUCACCGGGACCGGCGACAACCCCACGGGAAGGCCCUCGGGCAGCGCCUACCACGUCCGGCCGCCGCAGGGCCCGUCGCCGUGCAAGUUCGGCGACCGGUGCCGCUUCUUCGCCCGGGGCUGCUGCCGCAACUACCACCCCCAAGUACCAAUCGAGCCCCUCGGCGACCACAACUGGUACUACUAGGCCGCGCGCAAGCGCGGCCCUUGAUCAAGCCCCUUGCUUGACCAUUUUAUGGUCUUCUCUUCGGCGCGGCCGCCCCGUCACACGGGGCCGCCGCGCCACGCUGUACACCCCCCCAAAAAAAAAGCCAACACGCAAAUUUCUGUUCAUCAAUCAAGACCACACAAGUAAGUAUA